AGCACUGAACUGACAGUUCAUUGGGUUUUAGUGUAAUCGUAAGCAAGUACUACCGGAAGUUUCUCUUUCUCGUGGAAAACUCGAGAUACAAUAUGGCCACCUGCACGAGAAUGUUGGGAGCGUGGAGACAAGGGUAUAGGGACGGAGCUGGUACUUUAUUUAGAAACAAACCCUGGGCAUUAAACACAGGCACAAGACAUUUUCUCCGGAGUGAUGUUUUCGUUACCAGCGAGCAGUUGGCGGCAAAACGUUUGUAUUCUACACAUGGGGCUUCUAGCAAACCAUCCAUAGGCAGGGGCAGGUUUGGUAACAGUAUUGCAUCAUUGACAGGAGCGAGGAGAUUCGCGUAUCCUAGUAAAUGGUACAAGGUCUUAAGUGUUUGGGCUGGGGAAACAGAUAUAGGAUGUAGAAAUUUAAUAAACUCUAACCAGAGAAGGUAUCUGUUUGGCAACCGAGGGAGCGGCGGCAGUAGUUUUCCGGGGGAAGACGGAGAAGGGAGCAGCGGUUCUGGGGGAGAGGAAGCAGGGGACGGUGGCGAUGGAGGAGCCGCAUACGCGCCCCCACAAAUGACGGCUCUGACACCAAUGCUGGUACCUGAAGUUUUCCCCAACGUGCCACUGAUCGCUGUCAGCAGAAAUCCGGUUUUCCCUCGUUUCAUCAAAAUAAUCGAGGUGAAGAAUAAGCAACUGGUGGACCUACUCAGAAGGAAAGUCCGUCUAGCCCAGCCCUACGCAGGAGUAUUCCUGAAGAGGGACGAUGCUAACGAGUCCGACGUGGUGGAAAGCCUGGAUGAUAUCUACACCACUGGUACCUUUGUGCAGAUCCAUGAGAUGCAGGACUUGGGUGAUAAACUUCGGAUGAUUGUCAUGGGUCACCGCAGAAUCAGCAUCACCAGGCAACUCGCGGUUGACCUUGACGAACCCCCCUCUGGGACCCCGCUGGAGGCCGAGCAGUCCAAGGCUCCACGCCGCAAGCCAAAACGACGUAAGGAGGGCUCGUCACUGACUGAUACCAUGGAGGAGCGUGUGCAGGAGGCGGAGCUUGUGAUUGAAGCUGUGACUGUGCCCCCCACAUCUCCUGAGAUACUCAUGGUGGAAGUAGAUAAUGUGCAGCAUGAGGACUUCCAGGUUACAGAAGAGGUCAAGGCUCUGACUGCAGAAAUUGUCAAGACCAUUCGUGACAUCAUUGCCCUUAAUCCACUUUACAGAGAGUCAGUUCUUCAGAUGAUGCAGGCUGGACAGAGGGUAGUAGAUAAUCCCAUCUACCUGAGUGACAUGGGAGCUGCAUUGACUGGAGCAGAAUCGCAUGAACUGCAGGACGUUCUGGAAGAGACUAAUAUUCCCAAGCGGCUGUAUAAGGCUCUGUCUCUAUUGAAGAAGGAGUAUGAGCUUAGUAAACUACAACAACGCCUGGGCAGAGAGGUGGAAGAGAAGAUCAAGCAGACCCACAGGAAGUACCUCCUGCAAGAGCAACUGAAGAUCAUCAAAAAGGAACUGGGUCUGGAGAAGGAAGACAAGGAUGCCAUUGAGGAGAAGUUUCGGGAGCGGCUGAAGGACGGUGUGGUGCCACAGCAUGUCAUGGAUGUCAUCAACGAGGAGCUGAACAAACUCAGCCUGCUGGACAGCCAUUCCUCAGAGUUCAAUGUGACGCGGAAUUACCUGGAUUGGCUGACCUCUAUGCCAUGGGGCAAAAACAGUGAGGAAAACCUAGAGUUGAGCCGGGCAAAGGAGGUGCUGGAAGAAGACCAUUAUGGGAUGGAUGAUGUCAAAAAGCGCAUCCUGGAAUUCAUUGCAGUGAGCCAAUUGCGAGGCUCCACUCAGGGCAAGAUCCUGUGCUUCUACGGGCCUCCUGGCGUUGGAAAGACCAGCAUCGCUCGCUCCAUCGCUCAAGCACUAAACCGAAAGUACUUCCGCUUCAGCGUUGGUGGCAUGACGGAUGUGGCCGAAAUAAAGGGCCACAGGAGAACAUAUGUUGGUGCAAUGCCUGGGAAGAUCAUUCAGUGCCUGAAGAAGACAAAGACUGAAAACCCCCUGGUGCUUAUUGAUGAGGUUGACAAGAUCGGUCGCGGUUACCAGGGUGACCCUUCGUCUGCAUUGCUGGAGCUCUUGGAUCCAGAGCAGAAUGCAAACUUCCUUGACCAUUACCUGGACGUGCCUGUUGAUUUGUCUAAGGUACUUUUCAUCUGCACUGCCAAUGUGACUGACACCAUCCCUGAGCCACUGAGGGACCGUAUGGAGAUGAUAAAUGUGUCUGGAUAUGUGGCCCAGGAGAAACUGGCCAUCGCCGAGAGGUACCUGGUACCCCAGCUGCGAAUUCUCUGUGGGCUGGAUGAGCAGAAGACCAGCAUUUCAUCUGAGGCCUUGAACGUCCUUAUCAGACAGUACUGUAGAGAGAGUGGUGUCAGGAACCUGCAGAAACAAGUGGAAAAGGUGUUCAGAAAGGCGGCAUUCCGCAUUGUGAAUGGUGAGGAGAGCUCUGUGCAGGUCACAGUUAAUAACCUCCAGGACUAUGUGGGGAAACCCAUCUUCACUGUGGACAGGAUGUAUGAUGUCACACCACCUGGAGUGGUCAUGGGCCUGGCAUGGACAGCUAUGGGUGGCUCCACACUGUUCAUUGAGACGUCUUUGCGGCGCCCACGGGAGAUGCGGGACAAAGAUGGCCCCCGGGAGGGCUCGCUGGAACUUACGGGGCAGCUGGGAGACGUGAUGAAGGAGAGCGCCAAGAUCGCUUACACCUUCGCCCGCGCCUUCUUCAUGAAGGAGCAGCCUGACAAUGACUUCCUGGUGGCAUCCCACGUACACCUGCAUGUGCCUGAGGGUGCCACUCCUAAGGAUGGGCCAAGCGCAGGAUGCACAAUUGUUACAGCUCUGCUCUCUCUGGCCACCGACACACCAGCACGGCAAAACGUGGCCAUGACAGGGGAGGUGUCUCUAACUGGCAAGAUACUACCUGUGGGUGGCAUUAAGGAGAAGACCAUUGCUGCAAAGCGAGCUGGUGUGACCUGCAUGAUUCUGCCUUCAGAGAACAAGAAGGAUUUCUCUGAUCUCCCGGACUUCAUCACAGAGGGCCUGGAGGUGCACUUUGUGGAACAAUACCACCAGAUCUACAACAUUGUUUUCCCCAGACAGUGACCCCUAUGGUCUUUGGUAUGUCACCAGUACUGAUGCGAUGUAGGCUUGAGCAGGCACUCUGUGCCUAUGGUGCUCAGUGGAAUCACCUGGAGGGAAGGAAUCCUGGAGAUCCAGUACUUUGAACUGGAUCACUGUGUAUUCGCUUCCCAUUGCCACCAAGUGAAUUCUGCAGGGUGUACAUUAGCUCAGUUUUUUUUUCCAUUGCUUGUGGUUCCACACCAUUGGUGGGCUUCAAAACACCAUGCCUGAUUGAGCUUGGGCAUGUGGACAGCCAAAGUGGACCACAGUAAAGAAGAGAACCGUCUUUAGAUGUGUAUAUGAGCAGACUGUAGAGGGAGGGUUGCUUAAUUCUGAAGACCACAAAUCAUGGAUCCAGAAGUACUACGGAUCAAGGCAUUGCUGCUAAGCAGCCCAAAUUAACGAAGAAUUAAACUUUUUUUUAAAUGUAA